GAUUUUUGAGACUUGACUGGAUGAGACCUUGAGCAGCCUGAUCUAGCUUUGAGGGUAGCCCUGAUAGCAAGAGUUGGAUGAGGAGACUUCCAGAGAUCACAUCCAACCUGAUUUUUUUCCUCCAUUUCUGUCUAUUCCUAGCUCUAUGCCUGGAGCUUUUCUAAUGCAAUGUCUGCCCUGACCCUCAGCUAAAAGCCUCCUCACCAAAAUCCUCAGUGGAUUCUUUUAGAAAUUACAGACCUGGCCAAACUAGAUUGUUUUGUGUAAGAUGUGUCCCCCAUGUCUGCCUUCUGCUCCUUGCGUUUAGUAAAUUCUCCUGGGGAGAAACUAUGUUCUUGGUCUGUGUUGCAUUUCCCAACAGGUUAGGGUCCUGGUCCACCAUGGAGCAAAACAGGGGCUGCAGAAAUGCAGGAAGUUUUUAAUCUCUUAGGAAACCCUGCCUGACUCUUCAUCUUCUCCCUGGAUGCUUGUGAUCUGUUGCUUUUGAGGUAGUGAGGUCCAAGGGCAGCUUCUUUUCAUCUUCUCUUGGUGGAGCGGCAUUAAACCCCAGGGCAUCCCAGCUAUGCCGCAGUUUCUGGGCUCUGCAGGGAAGACAGCAAAGGGGAUUUUCUGUCGUCAUCUGUUCCAAAUUACGGUGGCUCCAGGGAGCUCUUUGGCCAGUUUCCACCACAAUCCACCAGCUCCCAAACCCGCGCAACUGGGAGGUGGGGCCUCGUGGUGGUAGUGGCUGGCGCACGGUGCAUCACUCUCAGAGGACUUGGGCGAAGGGACGGCACAGCCACCACCUUCUGCUCCUGCUUUGCUGGGGACGGGCUGCCCCUCGGUGGAUGCGUCGCAAUGACGGUGAAAAAGAAUCAAACUCUGCAGGAUGGAAGUGCCAAGGAGAAUGUGCUGCAGAGGGUCCUGCAGCUGCCGGUGGUGAGCUCAACCUGCGAAAGCCUCCAGCGGACCUAUGCCAGCACCAAGGAGGCCCACCCGCUCAUGGCCUCGGUAUGCGAGGUCUAUGAGCGGGGCGUGCAGGGCGCCAGCACCUUGGCCAUGUGGAGCAUGGAGCCCGUGGUGCGCAGGCUGGAGCCUCAGUUUGCUGUGGCUAACAACCUGGCUUGCCGGGGCUUGGACCACCUGGAGGAGAAGAUCCCUGCCCUCCAGUACCCUGUCAACAAGCUCGCAUCUGAACUGAAGGACACCAUCUCCUCCCCGCUCCAAAGUGCUAAAAGCACCAUUGGCAACUCCAUGGAUAAGAUCAUGGAGCUGGCAGCAGAAGGCUAUGAGGCCACCAAGAACACCAUGGAAACAACAGCAAGGUACACAAGGAGGAACUCAGUGAGCCAGAUGGCAGCCGCAGGGGUCGACACAGCCCUGGGAGGGCUGGAGAAGCUAAUGGAGUACCUGCUGCCAGAGGAGGACGAAGAAGCAGAUCAGAAGCCCAAAGAGACGCGUGGGUCAGCAGUAAAGGUGUCCCAGCAGCAGCCCAGCACUCCCAGUGCUCCCAGCACCCUGGGCCGGAUUGGCACCUUGGUUAGCACUGUCUCCCACCGCGCUUACCAGCAAACCACCCAAAGCCUCCAGCGAGCCAAAGCCAAAGGGCAGGAGCUGGCCACCUGGAUCCCCAUCCUGGGCAACUUGGCCAAGCCGAGCGUGCCGGAGGUGCCACGGGUCCAUGGUGAUGGGCAGAGCACUGAGGUCGGCUGGCUGAGCCGGCGGCAGAGCAAGGUGCCAGAGCAGAAGCAGGAGAAGGCAGGGAAGAAGGACAACCACCACACCAAGGAGGCAGCGGAUGGCCCCGGGCUGGUGGGCAGCGUGGCUCACAACCUGCAAACCGCCUGCGCCUCCGGCAUCUCCAGCGUGAAGAAGGUCCCGGCCGUGGCCUGGGAUGCAGCAGAGGGGUUGAUCCUCUUCACCCCCCGCAGGCUGUCUAAGGCCAUGGAGACGGUGGAUGCUCUCGGGGGGACCCUCGUCAGUGCUCCCAAGCAUCUGCUGGGCACCCUGUACAGCUACGUGCCACUCCGCAGGCAGUCCGUGAAGGAAGAGGAGGCAGCCAGGGGCAGCAAGCCCAGCCCAGAGACGGAGCAGAAGGAGGAGGACGCCAAGCCUGCCACCCCCUCUGCCGAGGAGAAAUCCCACCUGAGGGGUGACUGGCGGCUGUACCGCGGCCAUCACCCCCUUUCCUUCCUGGGGCUCGAGGACCCUCUCUUCCUGCGGCACAACCUCUACCGCAGCCCUGCCUUCGAGCCCGAGUGCCCCCUCCCACGGAAAUCCGCCUUCACCCCCUACAACAGGCGGGUGAGCGAGGGCUCCUACCGCUUCAGUCCUGAGGCCAUGUACAGCCGGGCUUACUACGCCAACCUCUACAGCCCUGCCUUCAAGAAGGACUGAGCCAGCGGGGAGGAUGAGCACAUCCCAGCCCCCUUCUAAUCCACCCCCCAGCACGCUUUGCCUGGGACCCCGCCAGCUGCCCGCACGCACCCCUGUACUGGGACAAGAGCUCAAAGUGGUAGACAUGCCAUGGGAUGUCUUCUCCUUCUGGAGUGCAUUGGAGCCAGGAGAGGGGAAUAAAGGCAGCCAAAAGCCCUGGUGGUGGAAGGAGAAGGUACAGGGAGGUGGGAUCAGAGGAGGAGAUGCAGAAGGAGCGAUGAGACCAGAAAAGAGACAGGACCAGGAAGGCCUCACACUGGGCCACCCUGGUCCUUGUUGAGCAGAUAGCAUGGAGUAGAUGGGCUACGCAUUGAGAACAGCACUGAGACAGAGCAGGGAGAACAGCAAAGCCGUCAACCACCGUCAUAACAAGCCUGGUUCCCCAUACUUCCCUCCCUCCAUCCCCGCUUGCAGGACCCAUCCCUGGCUACAGAUUGCUCCUCUGCGGAGAAGCUGAAGGUCCCCACCAACCAGCAGGACUCAUGAAUCAGAAAGCCUUCAGCUGAUGGUGAGACAGAUGGUGGGGGCAGGAAGAUGACCAGUGACAACGGGUGGAGCUCCUGGAGUCCCUCUCCCUUGCAAGAAGCCUGGCUUCCCGCAACACCUUGCUGUAUCUGCUGCAAUAAUAAAGCUUUCCAGCCUG